UGUAACCAACAUGUGGUGAAGUGCAGGAGCUGACAGACCUCAUUCACUGCAGAAACACAUGCUGUUUGAAUCAGAGCUCAAACUAGUUUCACUUCUAAGCAAGUGAAACUCAGACAGUCAUUGCCACUGAGAGGUGAAAUGGCGCAGAAAGGAGUUCAGCUGGACGAGGACACAAUUUCUUGUUCCAUCUGUCUGGAUGUACUGAAGGAUCCGGUGACUAUUCCCUGUGGACACAGCUACUGCAUGAACUGUAUUAAAACCCACUGGGAUGAAGAGGAGGAGAAGAAAAUCCACAGCUGUCCUCAGUGUAGGCAGACCUUCACACCGAGGCCUGUCCUGGGGAAAAACACCAUGUUAGCAGUUUUAGUGGAGGAACUGAAGAAGACUGGACUCCAAGCUGCUCCUGCUGAUCACUGCUAUGCUGGACCUGAAGAUGUGGCCUGUGAUGUCUGCACUGGGAGAAAACUGAAAGCCCUCAAGUCCUGUCUGGUCUGUCUGGUCUCUUACUGUGAGAAACACCUGCAGCCUCAUUAUGAUUCUAUGGUUACUGGGUGA